AUGUGCUUUGCAAAUCGAAGUCGCUGCAAGCGAUGCAGCAAGGAAACCAUCCAAUACGUUUCCAAGUGUGAGCAAUAUCCCGAGGUCACUACCGAAACCACUACCCACGCCAUCCGAGGCCGACAUCGCAGAAUCAGAUGCUGCAAGGAAUGCAGACGCACCGAAAGACAACGAGCGGCGGAAGAAGCUGCAUCAACCACUAUACAUCACCAACAAGCCAAAGCCAUCAUCGAAUGGCAAAGAUUGGAGCGACCGCUUCCAUUGACCGAUGAAGCUAUUGCUAGUAAGUACACUGAACUUUUCUUGAACAAAGAGAGACUUCAUCCUUACUGUAUUGGCUUUACUGACAUUCAUAGUAACUACAUUAUAGGACACAGACAACAUCUCGCGGCACGUUCUAAAGACGUCAUGGACGCACUUGCAGAAGUCGAUCAUGAUUUGACCGAUGAUGAAUUUCAAGUUGUCUCUAUAGUCCUUACUGAAGAUGCAAUGUUGGACGAGUGUAUUCAAAGACAAGCCGAAAUCGAUUCUGGCUCCAGAACCAUGACCGAAUCCGACCAGGGGUUUUCCCUCCACGAAGUUGGCAGCACUCGAAACUUUAACCGAGCCAUGGAAACGCUCACAUCAGCAGCGAGAAGAAACAACUUCGGAACUUGGACCGAAGACAUGCCGGACCGUUAUGUUGCCGAAGACAGAGUUCGUCGGGAAAUCAUCUCCUAUAUCGACGCCUUGGAACGUUCUAACGCGAAUGAUGAGAGAAUCGACAGAUUCAUCGGCCAGGUCAUGCACAAAUUCGAAAAGGACGAGGAAACCUUCGACUUUGAUCCCAAGGCGCGCAACUUGACGAGUGAAGUGCCUGUAUGGGGCAGAGUUGAAGAUCGCAAGACCUUCUGCGAAUGGAAACACGAGAACGAACAUUCUUUCGAAAGCCUCAGAGGAAAAUUCGACCGAUGGUAUACAAUCAUUAAUCAGUAUCGAAAGUAUUUGGUAGAAGUUGCUCCCGCCCAAGCCACUUUAUUCUCCAUUUCACGAAACACGAUUGCCGCACGCAUGUUUCGGGCUCUCGCUGGGCGACCCGAACCAGCACCAUUAGCAAAGGUACCCGAGCCCGAGCAACCCGAAAUCCAGCCACAGGAUGACGACGAUGAUGAACUCAGUUCCUUGGAUCUAAGCGAUUACAUUGAUUCUGAUGCUGGGGACGAACCUUCUAAUCUGGCAUUAUCAGAUUCCGACAACGAAUCCAGCGAAAUAGAGAUGACACCCUCCCGACAACGAAUCCAGCAAUCCCUUGCCGGACUCGGACAAUUGGUUCAAAUCUCCAACGAGUUCAUCCGCGAACUCCCAGGUCUAAAUGAUACCGGCGCUGCGUAUCUCAACCAAUGCAUUCGCUUCCUAGACGACCAAUUAGCUAGCGAUAGCUAUCCCACAGAAGCAGAAUGGGAGAUUGUGAGACAGUACACCGCAAACGCCAUGGAGAUGCUCACUCAUCUGAACGAGGAACGAAAUGCCCGAGCUAGCAGACACGUCGCGCAAGCCGAAGAACCUCGCGUUUGGCGCGAACCAACGCCAGAACCAGAACCAUUUUUCGUGGAUGUCACUCCUAUGGAGGUUGAAGUCUUCGAGGAGGAGCCCGAUAAUAUCGCGUAUGGCCGUCGCAGUAUCUUUGGUCUUCCAUCGCCAGCGGAAGGCGAAUGGAUACGGGUAGAGGAUGGAAGUGAGGAUGGUGAUGUGUGGCGUGGUGAAUUGUUUGAAGAGGUUGAAUAG